AUGAAUAGGACACGUAGAAAAGUUGUCCGUCCAAAAAAUCCCUUUUCAACGGCAAAUGUCUUUUCACGGUUGAGUUUUUGGUGGAUGAGAGAUCUAUUUGGACGUGGCCUCAAGGGACCUAUACACGAUGAAGAACUUUAUCAGCAUCGCAAAAGUUUAGACAGUGAAAAAGUUACAGAGAAAUUCAACCACCUAUGGGAAGAUGAAAAGAAAAAGAAAAAUCCCAGUGUUGCGCGAUUGAUCGCCAGAGCCUACGGUUCGGUAUUUAUACCACUUGGUAUACCCGUAUCAAUAUGUGAAUCUUUAUCAAAAGCUCUACAACCAUUAUUUCUGGGUGGCCUGGUAUCAUAUUUUGCCACCGGACAAACGUCGAUAAGCAAAGAGAAUGCCUAUAUGUUUGCGAUUGGCAUUGUUGUAUGUUGCAUCAUGCGGGUCAUGUUACUGCAUCCAUACGUUUACUAUCUCUUUAAUUUGGGUACAAAAAUUCGUCUAGGCCUCUCGGGUCUUAUGUAUCGGAAAUGUCUGAAACUUCCCAAAAGUGCUGCCAGCGAUCGGCUACGAGCCCGUGCCAUUAAUAUUCUAUCAAAUGAUUUGAGUUCAUUCGAUUAUGCACUCAGUUUUCUGCAUGAUGUGUGGAAGGGUCCGGCCGAAUCGCUGUUAAUCGGCUAUUUAAUGUACAAGGAAAUCGGACUGUCAGCUAUUAUUGGUGUCGCAUUUAUGUUGAGUUUUAUACCGCUACAGGGUUGGGCUGCUAAAAAUGCCGCCUAUUAUCGCCAAAAGACAGCGGAACAAACCGAUUUGAGAGUAAAGCUGAUGAAUGAAAUCAUUCAGGGUAUCCAGGUGAUCAAAAUGUAUGCCUGGGAGAAAUCAUUUGCCAAAGUUGUGGAAGAGGUUCGUCGCAAGGAGGUUAAAGCUAUUCGCGGUACAUCCUUCAUCCAUGCCACUUUAUGCUGUUCUUCGAUGAUUUCACCGCUGUCGGUAUUCUUGGCCCUGGUAUCGUAUGUUUAUAUGGGAGAUACUUUGACGGCAAAGCGGGUCUAUACCGUCUCCUCAUACUUUAGUAUGCUGAACGAGUCAAUGGUACACUUCUGGCCCCUGGCAAUAAAGUACAUCUCGGAAGCACUGGUUUCUUGCCGCAGAUGUAGAGACUUUCUAUUAGAUGGUGAUGAUGAUGAAGAAGAAUCUCCCCCACCACUGAAGAAUAAGGAAGAGGAGUUCAUAAUCAACAAGAAGAAACACUUGGAAGCCAAUGGCGGAAUUGAGCAUGCUGAAAAUGUUCCCCUCACUGCCGGCGCAAAUAACCAAACUAAUGGCAGAAUUGUUAAUGUUGAUGCGCCUAGUAAAGGUAUUAUAUUACGCAAUGUAAGUGCAUCAUGGGAUACAACGGAGGGAUAUAAAAACAAGGCCGUCGAUAAUUUGAACUGUGAAAUUCAAGAACGCACCUUGGCUGCUGUGGUUGGUCCCGUCGGCUCUGGAAAAUCCACAUUUCUCAAUGUACUCUUGGGUGAAUUGGAAAUUGAUUCCGGCGAAGUGUUGAUAAAUGGCAAAAUCUCAUAUUGUUCCCAGGAACCAUGGGUAUUUGAGGGUACCAUACGAGAUAAUGUGGUUUUUGUGGAGGACUAUAAUGAGAAGCGUUAUAAAAAGGUCCUGGAAGUAUGUGCCUUAAAUAGAGAUCUUGAGUUGAUGCCGAGAGGAGAUUUGACAAUGAUUGGUGAACGUGGUGCUAGUUUAAGUGGUGGCCAAAGGGCACGUGUUAAUUUAGCCCGUGCUAUAUAUCGUAAGGCUGAUAUAUAUCUGUUGGAUGAUCCACUAUCCGCUGUCGACACUAAUGUCGGUAAACAUAUAUACGAUAAAUGUGUUAAGGAGUUCCUAUCGAAGAAAAUAUGUAUACUAGUCACACAUCAGUUGCAGUAUUUGUUCGAUGUUAAACAUCUAAUACUUAUGGGUUCGGGUAGUAUCGUGGCCCAAGGAAAUUAUAGGGAAUUGAGAAAAUCAAAACAAUUCCAAUAUUUGGCUCAGACGCACAAGGAAAGCAUGAGCGAAACGGCAGGUGAUGCGGCGCGUGAUAUACGUGUACGCACUUUGAGUGAAACGGAGAGUAUUGCAGAAAGUGUCCAUGGCCUGUUGGGCCCCGAUGAAGAUCCCGUCGAAGAUGAUAACAAGGAACAGCAAGCAAUUGGUUCCGUUAAGCUGGGUGUCUAUUUAUCCUAUUUCAAGGCAUUGGAAAGUUCAUUCUUCCUUUUCAUUAUCUUUGGUCUUUUCAUUUCGGCUCGAAUUAUGUUGAAUGGUGUCGAUUAUUUCCUAUCUAGAUGGGUCGUCUGGGAAGAAAAUGUCGGCCACCUGCAACUCGAUAAGUAUUUAAAUACUACAGAGGAGCCGAUACCAUCGAAUACAACCACAACACUGGACAGUGGUGAAUAUGAGGAGCGCAAAAAUCGUAUGAUUAUAUAUUCGGUAAUGUUGGGUUCGGCACUAAUUGUCUUUAUCCUGCGUACCUUCGGUUUCUACACAAUGUGUUUGAGAAUUUCAUUGAAAUUGCAUGAUCGUCUAUUUCGUGGUAUUACACGUACCACCAUGUACUUUUUCAAUACAAAUCCAUCGGGUCGUAUUCUCAAUCGAUUCUCCAAAGAUAUUCGUACAGUUGAUGCUGAUUUACCACCCACAUUAAUGGAUUGUAUAUCGUUCGCCAUCGACAUUUCCGGUGUAAUACUUAUUGUGGCCAUUGCAAACUAUUGGCUUCUCCUGCCUGCUUGUGUGAUCUUGAUGUGCCUGAUUGGCAUCCGUUAUGUUUAUACGAUGACAAGUCGCAGUGUUAAACGUUUGGAAUCGAUAUCUCGCAGUCCUGUCUAUUCGCUUACAAAUCAAACAUUCCAAGGUCUAUCCACCAUUCGAGCCUUAGAAGCUGAACGUGCCUUAGAAAAGGAAUUUCAUAGCUUCCAAAAUUCAAACACCUCAGCAUGGUUCCUGUUUAUUUCCUGCAAUCGAGCCUUUGCCCUAUGGACAGAUGUCAUCUGUUUGAUCUAUAUCACCUUGGUAACAUUCAGUUUUCUCGUGUUGAGUUCACAUUUCAAUAGCGGUGAGGUGGGUUUGGCUAUCCUGCAUUCGACAACAAUGAUCGGAAUGUGUCAAUGGGGUAUGCGUCAAACUGCCGAAUUGGAAAAUCAAAUGACCUGUGUAGAACGUGUUAUGGAAUACAUUGACCAACCACCCGAAUCGGCAAUGGAGACGGAAGAAAAGAAUAAGCCCAAAGGAGAAUGGCCCACCGAAGGUCGCAUUGAAUUUGUCAAUUUCAAAAUGCGUUACAAUCCUAACGGAGAUUAUGUCUUGAGAAAUCUAAAUAUGGCAACAAGACCAUUUGAAAAAAUUGGUAUUGUUGGCCGAACUGGGGCGGGAAAAUCAUCAAUUGUUCAGGCUCUAUUCCGUUUGGCGAACAAUGAAGGUGCCAUAUAUAUUGAUGGCAUUAAUACCGAACAAUUAGGCCUGUACGAUUUGAGAAGUAAAAUCUCAAUUAUACCUCAAGAUCCUGUACUAUUUUCGGGUACCUUACGUUACAAUUUGGAUCCAUUGGGUGUGUGCAGUGAUGCUGAUAUUUGGAGAGUUUUGGAAGAGGUUGAACUUAAGGGUCAUGUUUCAACAAUGAUAGGCGGUCUCAAUUGUCCCAUGUAUGAUGGUGGUGCGAAUUUCAGUGUGGGUCAGAGGCAAUUGGUUUGCUUGGCAAGAUCAAUUUUGCGUAAAAAUAAAAUCCUUAUUAUGGAUGAAGCCACAGCCAAUGUGGAUCCAGAAACGGAUAAACUUAUACAAAAAACAAUCCGCACGAAAUUCUCCAAUUGCACUGUCCUCACAAUUGCCCAUCGUCUACACACCGUCAUGGAUUGUGAUCGUAUUUUGGUCAUGGAUGCUGGUCAAGCCGUUGAAUUUGGCCAUCCAUAUGAGUUGCUGCAAAAACCAAAUGGUGUUCUCCGCAGUCUGGUCGACCAUACAGGAUCGUCGGCAGCGUCGGGUUUAUUAAGUAUCGCGGAAGAAAAUUAUAAAUUAAAAACACAAGCUCCUAGUAAUGAGAAAGUCAUUACAAGCUCACAAUAA